AUGAGUCGAAACUACAUGACCAAAUACGAUGAGCUCCGCAAAGGAGACUAUCUGUGGUCCAAUAACAAAGAGUACAAGGCUGUCUUCCAGGAGGAUGGAAACUUUGUCAUCUAUGGCUGGAAGCCAGUUUGGACCUCAGACACGGCUGGCCAGCGCGAUGCCCAUCGCUUGGUGAUGCAGGACGACUGUAACUUUGUCAUGUACCGCAGAGAUGACAAAGCCAUGUGGCACACUGGCACUCAGCGCUCGGAUGGCUUCCGCACAUGCCACCUGUACCUGCGCAAUGAUGGCUCUCUGGUAAUAGAGAAGGAUGGAGAGGAAAUGUGGUCCUCCACCCUUUCCCGCAGCCAAAAGUGA